GCAAACGAUUCUAUUUCUCACCUUUAUUUAAUAUAUAUAUAUAUAUAUAUAUAACACCCAUCUCUGUUUCGUUUCCUUUGUGUCAAGAAUUUACCGAGAAAGUUUUGAGUUUUCCGGGAUAAUUGUUCAGGGAAGGAGGGAGAGAGAGAGAGAGAGAGAGAGAGAGAGAGAGAGACAACAAAAAAAACCUCUGCUUGACAAAUUGGGUCUUUUCUUUUCUUGUCUAAGUCUGCAUUUUUCUCGUCUCUUUCAUUAUUUUUCUCUCAUUUUCUCGCUUUAAUUCUCGAUUUGAAGGCCAUAUAUCAUCGACGUGUGUGUGGCAUUCGAAAAUCAAAACUGCAGACAGAGAAGAAAUAAAAAAACAGAAAAAAAAUCAACACACUUAUCGAUUUUUAAAAGGGGUUUUCGCAUUUCGUUUUUUGGAUCAUAGAAACAAACAAACAAAACAACCGGAAAAUCGGCUCUCUCCACAGAAAAAAAAAAUUAAAAAGACUUUUCUUUCUUCUGCAAGUAACUGAGCAGAUUUCGGUUUUUUUCUUUCUUUCUUCAAUUUCUCUCAUUUUAUAAAAAAAUAAAUAAAAAUUUCUCGUCCAUAAUUUCCGUUUCCCUUAAAUUCAGCUGUCCUAACGUCAAAACUCAGACACUCGCUUGCGUGUCUCCCUCUUAAAAUCCCAAAUUCGUUUUUUUCUCUCUGUUUCUGGGACAUUUCAAAGAAGAAUCAAGAAACCCAAUCUCUCUCUCUUAGACAGGAAUCAUGGUGUUUGGAAAAGGGUCAACCAAAAAAUCGAACCUUGACCGGUUCCUCCAUUGCACAACACCUGUAGUGCCACCCCAAUCUCUCCCCAAGACGGAGGUUAGGAGCUUAAACCGGAUUUGGCAUCCAUCGGAGAGAGAAAAGGUUGAGUUUUUCAGAUUGAGUGAUUUGUGGGAUUGUUACGAUGAAUGGAGCGCUUAUGGAGCUGGUGUUCCUAUUCGUCUCACCAAUGGAGAAUCUCUUGUUCAAUAUUAUGUUCCUUAUCUCUCUGCUAUCCAGAUUUUCACCUCUCGCUCUUCCUUGAUCCGCUUAAGGGAUGAGUCUGAAGAUGGGGAAAGUGACACGAGAGAUUCGUUUAGUGAUUCGUAUAGUGAAGAGAGUGAAAGUGAUAAACUCUCGAGAUGUGCCUCUGAGGAAGGACUUGACCAGGACGCUCUCUUGCAUCCGAAUGAUCGGUUGGGCUAUCUUUAUCUGCAGCACUUUGAGAGAUCAGCUCCUUAUGCUCGUGUUCCUCUCAUGGAUAAGAUCAAUGAAUUGGCCCGAAGGUACCCUGGACUCAUGUCGUUGAGAAGCGUUGAUCUUUCUCCGGCGAGUUGGAUGGCUGUAGCUUGGUACCCUAUUUACCAUAUACCAAUGGGAAGGACUAUCAAAGAUCUCUCCACUUGUUUCCUCACUUACCACACUCUUUCAUCUUCUUUCCAAGAUAUGGAGCCAGAAGAAAACGGUGGGGAGAAGGAGAGGGCUCGGAAGGAAGGAGAAGGCGUAACUUUGCUGCCUUUCGGGUUAGCCACAUACAAGAUGCAAGGCAAUGUUUGGCUCUCUGAAGACGACCAAGGUCAAGACCAAGAGCGAGUUGUGUCGCUUCUAAGUGUUGCUGAUUCUUGGCUGAAACAGCUAAGAGUCCAGCACCAUGACUUCAACUACUUCUCAAGAAUGGCUCAUCGUGGCUAAACAAAACCCGUCGUCGCUAUACCAAUGAUCUUCAACUGUAGAGUUUUCAUAUAAUCUCUUUUUGUUUUUUCUUGUUGGUCUCAAGUGAAAAGGAGUUACCUUUUUUUUUUUUUCCCCUGGUCGCAAUAACCGUGUUUGUUCACUGGUUGGGAGCAUUAGCAGUGGCAGUGGCGAGGAGGCUCAAAAACCGUUGACAGAGCGUUUUCCUUAAACGCAAUUUAAGCGGUUGCUGCGUUUUGGGUGUAGAAUAGCUUUUGAGUCCUAUCCAAGAGAAAUGUCGUAUGUUAUUAUAAAAAAAAAAUUGCUGAUCUGUUGAAGAAGAGUGUUUUUCUUGUUUCUUGAUAACAUUGAUGGAGAGGGUCUUGUUCUUGUACCUCAAUAGUAACAUUUUAAUGAAAUAGUAAACGUAACAAUCUAAUCAUCUUUGUAAUUGAUUUUACGCAAUUAUAUAAAUCGAAAUUGAGGAUUUUAAAUUAUGUCUUCAACCAUUUAUGUUUUUA